UCUGUCUCUUGUCCCCCAUACUCCAUUCUCUGGCCCCCGAUUAAAGCUGAGUCAGAGGCGGACGCUUCCCCUUGGCUCCCAGUGCCUCCCGUGGGAGCCCUUCCUUGGCGGCAUCCGUUAGUCCCUCCCCGCUGCCGUGCACUCUUGUCUCACUCCUCUGACCGACCUGCAGGGAAGCGGAGAGACCCGGAGAGAGGGAAGAGACCAGCCAGAGACAGACCUGGGCCAAGGAAGAGGCAGAGACUGCAGCCUGCCUCCCUCCCUCUCCCCAGCCUGCCUUAACCGCCCUCCUUAGCCAAAGCCCCUCCAAGUUCCCCUGGGGCUCAGUCCCUCCCCUUCUCUGGGGCCCCCGGCUCCCCUCGGGGCCUGUGUCCCACCAUGUCGGUGGCUGUGGAGAUCUUCGGCUUCUUCAUGGCAGCCCUGGGGCUGCUGAUGCUCGGGGUGACCCUGACACACAGCAGCUGGCGAGUGUCCACCGUGCACGGGAACGUCAUCACCACCAGCACCAUCUUCGAGAACCUCUGGUAUAGCUGUGCCACCGACUCCCUCGGAGUCUACAACUGCUGGGAGUUCCCGUCCAUGCUGGCCCUCUCUGGGUACAUCCAGGCCUGCCGGGCGCUCAUGAUCACCGCCAUCCUCCUGGGCUUCCUGGGCCUCUUCCUAGGCAUGGUGGGGCUGCGCUGCACGAACAUUGGGGGCCUGGAGCCCUACAGGAAAACCAAGCUGGCGGCCACCGCAGGGGCCCUACACAUACUGGCUGGUGUCUGCGGGAUUGUGGCCAUCUCCUGGUACGCCUUCAGCAUCACCCAGGACUUCUUCGACCCCUUGUACCCUGGAACCAAGUACGAGCUGGGCCCCGCCCUCUACCUGGGCUGGAGCGCCUCCCUGCUCGCCAUCCUGGGUGGCAUCUGCCUCUUCUCCAACUGCUGCCGCUCUCGGGACGAGGACCACGGCGCCAGCAUCCGGCCUCCCUACAAGGCCCCAGCGAUGCCCGCCAAAAGCCUCACUGCCCGCCUGCCCACCUCGGCCUCGGAUGAAGAAGGCGACAGCAGCUUUGGCAAGUACGGGAAAAACGCUUACGUGUAGGAGGCCUGGCCUCCCAUUCCCUUCCCACUGCCCCCAGUGGAGAGGGGUCCCUGUAAACCCGGGGCUGCAGGCGCAGGCCCCUGCUCGCGGUAACAAGCUCAGGGCCAAGCCACGCUUCAGGCUCCGCCCCGUGCCUGGAAGCCGCGCCCAGCUCUGACCUCAGGCCCCGCCUUCCCCGUCGGAGCUCCGCCCCGGUCACGCCUCUUUCGUCUGGCUCCCUGGAUCCUCUCAGGCCAAGAACCCGCUUCCUGAGAACUCACCUCUGGCCCCUGAGGCUGGACCCCUCUUAACCUUCUGAGUCUGGGUUCUGGGCCGUUAAGGGGGCGGAGGCGUCCCCGAGUGUUUGUGGUCUGUAUAAACACUUGCAUAAAUAAAUUUGUAUUGGGAACUGU